AUGGGGUAUGGAAACCAAACUGAGUUCCAUUUCCGUCCCUUCUCAACUGUGCCUGAGACACAGUUGGUCAUUUUCCUGUUCUUCCUGUUCCUAUACAUACUCAGCCUCCUUGGAAAUGUCACUGUGGUGCUCAUUGUUCAUGCUAGCCACUUCCUCCAUACCCCCAUGUAUUUUUUCUUGGCCAUUCUGGCUGCUCUGGAGAUCUGUUACUCUUCUGUCAUUGCUCCCACGGCCCUAGUCAACCUUCUGUCCCAGAAAAAUGCCACAAUCUCCUUAAGUGGUUGCGGAACCCAGAUGUUCUUCUUUGUCUUCUUGGGAGGGGCUGACUGUGUUUUGUUGGCCAUCAUGGCUUAUGAUCGAUAUGUGGCAAUUUGCCAUCCACUACACUACAUGCUUAUCAUGAACAAAAAGGUCUGUACAGGCCUUGUAGCUGCAUCUUUGCUGCUGGGCUUCAUGUUGUCCCUACAGUUGACCAUUCUUAUCUUCCGCCUGCCGUUCUGUGGUAGUAAUGAAAUUAAUCACUUUUUCUGUGACAUUCCAGCCAUCUUGAGAUUGGCUUGUAGUGACACACAUGUCCACCAGACAGCUCUAUUUGUAGUUAGUGUCAUAGUCCUAACCAUACCCUUCCUUCUAAUCUGCAUCUCAUACACCUUCAUUGUGGUGGCCAUCUUGCACAUCAGCUCUGCAGAAGGCCGCCAACGAGCCUUCUCUACGUGCUCAUCCCAUUUGAUGGUCGUCCUCUUACAGUAUGGCUGCUGCAGUUUCAUAUACUUACGCCCAAGCUCCAGCUACUCCCCAGAUGAAGGUCGAAUAGUAUCUGUGGUCUACACCUUUGUUACUCCUUUGUUGAACCCUCUGAUUUACAGCAUGAGAAACAAGGACUUAAAGGAAGCAUUCAUCCGAGUGAUGAAGAGUGGUUUCCCAGAAAAAAAGAUAACAUUUAGUCAACAAUUAGGAAACAGAAGGCCCCUCUAUUAG